AACGAGGCGAAGAGGUUGCUCUCGCAGGUGAGAAUCUAGCAACGCGACGGAGCCGGUAUCCGUGGUCACCGAACGGGGUGGCUUUCGCCGGGGGUAGAAGUAUGCGCCGCCCCCGUGCUCGUCCAAUCGAAGGAACGCGCGCGCUCCCCGUCGACCAAUAGGAACACGCUCGAACGCGUCUCCCGUCCGAAUGCGCCGCGUUCCACUCCUCGCCUUGAAAAACAAAAAGGACAUCAAAGAACAGAGGAAGAGAGAACACCAGCGACGACGUCCUCUAGUUGUGGCUGUGGCAGCGUCAACGGGAACGGCAUCGGUGGUAUCGGCGCGGAAUAAUCGGCAGUGGCAGCGAUCGUCGUAGCAGUAACAGCAGAACCACGCGACGACGAUUUUCCGCCGGCGAAUACCGGGGUAUACAACAGUUUUCCCUCGGUAAAUACAGUCCGUUCUUUUUUAAUUUGUCGGAAAAUCGUUCCGUAUUUUAUUUUGCAUAGUGUCGUCGGAUGUUAUCGGAUGUUUCGACGAUUAAAACGCACGGAUCGUGAAGUGUUUUCGAGGCAGUGCGACUUUGUUCGAGGGUGAAGUUAACGAAUGUUGAGUGUACUUGAGUGGAAAAAAUUAAGUUUCCUCGAGGAAAACUCGCACCGUUGGGAAACACGUUAGGGUAACGAGGCGUUUAUGAAUGGAAACUCGGUUGGCGAGGACGCGAAUGAAAGGCUCGCGAUCAAACAAUCGUCCGAGCGGCGGAUGCUUGCUUUCGUCAUCAGCUGUUCAUCCGUAAAUGAUCGAUAACGUCGAUCGAGCUACGAGAAACGAAGCAUUCGGAGGACUCUGUUCCGAAGGAAACGUCGAAUCCAUAAAAAAAUGAUCGUCGAUUGAUUGGCGCGAUUGGGAAAGAAGAAUCGACCGAGAAUGCCCGACAGUUCGGAUCAUUUGUCGUCGCCGAACAGCGAAUGCAACAGCCAAAUUGGCGGUAUGCAUCGAAACACGUCUGCUGGGCAAUACAACGAUUCCUCGAUACCUGGUCUACCUCUGACCCAUCAUUCCCAUUCGCAAAAUCUAACGCCCGCCUCGAACGGAAGCCCCCGGUAUUCUCAAGAGUUGACCAGCUGCAGCUCCACUAACCCGUCCACGAAUAUUGGAAACAUCGGGGCACUCUCUCUGGGAACGAGCAGCAGUAACUUUACCCCGGAACAGAUAUCUUGCAUGUGCGAGGCGUUAUCGCAGAGUCAGGAUAUCGAGAAGCUCACGAGGUUUCUAUGGUCUUUACCACCGGGCGAACUGCUCCGCGGUGGCGAGAGCGUUCUAAUGGCAAGAGCCACGGUGGCAUUUCAUCGGGGCGCAUAUCACGAGCUCUACUCGAUCCUGGAGAGUCAUCCGUUCUCGCCGCGUCGACACCAGGAGCUUCAGCAGAUGUGGUUCAAGUCGCACUAUCGCGAAGCGGAGAAGAUCCGCGGCCGUCCGCUGGGUGCGGUGGACAAGUAUCGGCUGCGGAAAAAGUACCCCUUACCGAAGACGAUCUGGGACGGGGAGGAGGUGGUGUACUGCUUCAAAGAACGCUCGAGGAACGCGUUGAAAGAGUGUUACAUGAGGAACAAGUACCCGGCUUCCGACGAGAAGAAGAAUCUAGCGAAGAAGACCGGUCUGACGCUCACCCAGGUGUCGAAUUGGUUCAAAAAUCGAAGACAGAGGGAUCGAACGCCGCAAACAAGGACGGACAUGAUGCCGUUGAAUUGCCAAAACGGCGGCAACGUGAUCGGCGGCUCGGUGAGCAACGGAGGAAGCAUUCAGUCGUUGCAGAGCAUCGAUUCGGAUAAUUCGAAUCUCGCGAUGUCGCCGCUCUCGACGAUGGGUAUGUCGCCCGUCGGCGUGAAUCCCUGCAGCCCGAUGGGCAUGAGCCCAAUGGCUCCACGGCAUCCUGGAUACGCGCCACCCGUCACUCCCUCGACCGUGCAUACCAGCCACCCCCACAACGGUGCACUCAGCCCCAUGAACGACGUGAAAGCGCUCUGCUAUGGCCGCGGAGUUUACGACACCGGUAAAGACGUGGACCAGAACACGGUGUACUACUCGAGCCAUUCGGGCAUGCAUCAUCAGUACUACCAGCAGACGCAUCAUCAAAUGAUGUCGGGCGCUCAUCAUUAUCAGCACCACCAGCAGAGCAUGCCGACGGGCUACGAAAUCACGCUGCCGCCGCCUCAGCAUUCGACGUGACCAACAGAUUACGAGGAGGCCGAUCGGAACGACGCGGCUCGCCACGGCCAAGCCGACGAUGUUUUCGCGCGCGUCCACGCGUUCGCCUGACUCGGUAUUUUGCUUCUUUCGACAGGUUUCACGAUCGAAUAAUUACGAUCGAUCGACCAAAGUUCUCGCGGGAACUCGAGAGACGACAGGGUGGGUAGCUCGCUCCCAGACGCGAAACGACGCGACGUCGUCACGGGACUUAUCGAGUGAUACGCUAUCAUGGUGGUUGGAAGAACCAUCGACUCUGCGUCUGCUAGCCAAUAGAGAUGUAAGUUCGUUCGUAAAAGUUCUGGGAGGAGUUUCGAAGGAGAACUGGUUUCACGCAUGCACCCUGUUCGUAAAGGUGUUCGCCUAGGGUCGAGACCGUGAUGGCGCCUAUGAAUCUUCGACUGCCUCUUUUCGUUGUGCGGGAUUAACGAUUGGCAUAUCAAAGAAAUCGUUUGGAAAAUGUAUGUUGACCUGGAUUCGUAUUUUCGUUCGAUAAUCAAAAUUAAAAGACGAUUUUCAGAUAGACUCUCGUACCCUAACGAUACGAUCUCUGAUACCUACCCCCUUAAUACUAGAAACAGACUUUGUCUUUUAGCGUAAAAGAUAUUUUUCACCCUAGUUUCGCACGGUACGAUCUCCCAUGACGCCUCCCAAAACGAAACAAAGGAUCUCUUCUAAACAACGUACCAUAUUAAUAAACAAAAUUUAUUGUAAAAUUAUGUGAGGCGCGUUAAAUGUAUAGAAAUAAAAUAUGAA